UUUAAGUGAAAAAAAUCCAAAAAUCACGCAAAUUCUCCAAUUUCAAUCGAAAAAUCAUCCAAAUUUGCACAAAAAAUCGCAACAAGUGACAAACACAAAAAAAAAUCUUCUGAAAUUAGUCGUAAAAUCGACAAAACCAAUAGGCGGGGCACAAAAUUCCUUCACAUCAAAUUGACGGAGAGAGAAAGUAUUUUUUCAUGUUCGUCUACGACUGAAAAAAAAUCAUGCCUCCCUUGAACAGCUUCGGCGGCGAGACUCAACAACAGCACAAUAACAACAACAGCAACAGCACAUCAGGCACAAAUGCGAAUCAACCGCAAGUCCCGUCGCAAGAUCGUCGUUUCCAGAGCAUUUCGUAUGAACACAAAUUACUGCAAAACCUGAAUCUCCUGCGUCUCGACUCGAGAUUCUGCGAUGUUGAAAUUGUCGCCGGAAAAAGCGUCAUAAACGCGCAUCGCGUCGUCCUGUCAAGCGCUUCGAAGUACUUUGAGGCGAUGUUUCGGCCGGAUCUCGGUUUGAGCGAAGGCACACAAAAAACGGUGACUCUCCAUUCGAUCGACUCGGGGAUUUUGCGGCAACUCAUUGAAUUUAUCUACACGGGAAAAGUCGAUAUCGAUCAGAAAAAUGUGCAAGAAUUGCUCGCAGCAGCAGAUAUGCUUCAAAUUAUCGAAGUUGUCGACGGUUGCUGUGAAUUUCUCGUGCGCGAAUUGCAUCCGAGUAAUGCCUUAGGAAUUUUGCGGUUCGCCGAGACACAUUCGUGCGCCGCCCUCGUGCAAUCUGCCCAAACAUUCGUCAACACACAAUUUCCCGAGGUCGCAUUGGAACAAGAACUCCUCGAUAUCGACUCGAAUCUCCUCAUAAGACUCAUUUCCUCCGAAGCGUUGCGUGUCGACAGCGAAUGUCAGGUUUUUAAUGCCGCUCUGCGUUGGAUUAAACACGACACACUCAAUCGCCGUCGCUACGUCUUCGAUAUUCUCGCAAAUGUGCGUUUGCCGCUCGUGAAUAUCCGUUAUGUGAAUGCCGCUAUCGAGGAAUGUCACGAUGUCUCGCUCCAAGUCGCCUUAAAAUCCAUCAAAAAAGAUCUCGUUUCGGGUCGAGGGCAUCUCGUGCCUGUGCGAGUGAGUCCGCGCAUCAGUGCGAAAAAGAGCAUUUACAUAAUCGGCGGAUCGCGUCGCGAACCAAGCAAUUUACAGUCCUGGAAGACAGAUUGCAUCUUCGAAAGUGUCAUCAAAUACGACAUUUUCCGCAAGGAAUGGCAAGAAGUAGCUCCGAUGCAAGUUGGGCGCAUUUUACCCGGCGUCGCGUCACUCGGCGGCAAAAUUUUCGUCUUUGGCGGCGAACGUGGCAGUCAAAUUCUCGCAAAUGGCGAAGCUUAUGAUCCCCAAACUGACACGUGGGAACCCCUGUCGCCCAUGAUAAUGCCUCGAUGCGAGUUUGGAUUGUGCGCCAUUGGCGGAACUCUCGUUGCACUCGGCGGAUGGGUUGGCGAAGACAUCGGAAGCACCAUGGAAAUGUACGAUCCCGUCAAAGAUACGUGGAUUCGACUUGGAGAAUUGCCCGAAGCGCGUUUCAGUAUGGGUGUCGUGAGUUUUGAAGGCUUAAUUUACAUUGUGGGCGGAUGCACGACAGCCAGUCGACAUCUUCCCGACUUGAUAAGUUACAAUCCCGUAACGCACGAAUGGACAAAUUUGGCUCCCAUGCAAACGGCGCGUUGUCAAAUGGGUGUCGCGAUACUCGAUAGGAAUUUGUAUGUCGUAGGGGGGAAUAGUUCGCAUCAGGAAGUGCUUCGAACUGUCGAAAAAUACAACUUUGACGAGGAUAAAUGGACGACAGUUGCUCCAAUGACAGUUCCGAGGGCCAGUCCUGCAUGUUGUUCGGCAGAUGGAUUGUUGUAUGUCGCGGGCGGCGAUCAAACGUGCGAAGUUAACUUUUAUCGGGCACAAAUUACGAUUACUUCGUUUGAGUGUUAUGAUCCGGCUACUGAUAAUUGGCGCGAAUGUCCCGAUUUGCCGCUUUCGAGAUCAGAAGCUGGAGCAGUUGUCGUUUAAAUUCUUUUUUUUUUAUCACAUUCCAAAAAGUUAUCUUGUUUCGCGUUUCCUUUUUAACAUUUUUAUCAAAAAUAAUCAUUUGCAAUAUAGGAAUUUUAUAUAGAUUUUGAAAUACUUUUUCAUAAAUAUUGAUUGAUUUCUUAAGCUUUUUUUCUAUUUCACCGUUAUUUUUUUUAUUUUAAAUAUUUUUGACAUUUUGAUUUAUUAAAAAAUUUUUUAUGAAUAUUUUAAAU